GAAGCAGAGAUGACGUGUCCCUCCCAAGUCCUGAAAUCCUUAGAAGGGUUUCAUCAAUCUCCAUUAGUUUAUCUCCCUCAUUCAUUCCCAUAGACUGCAGUUUUCCACUGUAUUCUUGUUUCCAUAUUCCAUUCCUCCCCAGUUCAGGAAACCCAACAUCCUCGUAAUUCCCCUAGAGCUUGUAAUCAGCAGUUCCUAUCUCAAUUUUAUUUUUCUGCCAAAAGAAUAUACAUUUAUCAACGAUGAUGAAUGGCGGAGAUGGAAUUAGGCCGAGGAGAAGCGUUUCGUCGAACUCUUCCCAAUACAUAAAGAAGACCUCUUUUGAUCUCAAUGAUAUUCUUCUUUCUUCAAGAAGAUCUCUGUCCACUUCUUCACGUUCCAUGGGAAUGACGACCGCGGGGGAGCGAACGGUAAAGCGUUUGCGGCUGUCGAAAGCGGUGACAGUGCCGGAAACGACAAGCAUAAAUGAAGGGUGUCGUAGGAUGGUUGGUCGAAGAGUGGACGCUUUGUUACUCACCGAUUCAAAUGGACUAUUAUGCGGAAUAUUAACUGCAAGGGACAUAGCAUCAAAGGUUAUUGCUUGCCAAUUGAAUUUGGAUGAAACAUCAGUUUCCAAGGUUAUGACUAAGAAUCCAACCUUUGUGCUUUCUAAUACCCUUGCAGUUGAAGCCUUGCAAAAGAUCGUACAAGGAAAAUUUAGACACUUACCAGUGGUUGAGAAUGGAGAAGUCAUAGCAUUACUUGACAUAACAAAAUGCUUGUAUGAUGCCAUAGCCCGGAUGGAGAGAGCAUCGGAGAAGGGAAAGACUAUAGCAGCUGCCGUUGAAGGUGUAGAAAAAUAUUGGGGCACAUCUAUUUCCGGUUCGAUGACAUUAAUGGAAACGCUAAGAGAAAGGUUAUUGAGGCCGACAUUGUCUACUAUCAUUCCCGAGAAUUCAAAGACAGUUACCGUUUCGACAAAAGAUACAGUCCUGACAGCCGCUAAGAAAAUGCUCGAAUCCCACGUCAGUUCUAUCAUUGUAACUGUCGAUAGUAAACCAAAGGGAAUCCUAACCUCUAAAGACAUGUUAAUGCGGUUGGUUGCUCAAAAUCUUUCACCAGAAUCCACCUUAGUGGAGAAGGUGAUGACACAAAAUCCAGAAUGUGCGAGAAUCGACACCCCCAUUAUCGAUGCUCUUCACACAAUGCACAAUGGCAACUUCUUACACCUUCUGGUUGUCGAUAAGGAUGGAAAUGCAGUAGCUGUUGUCAAUGUUCUUCAAAUAACUCAGGCUGCUGUAUCAACCAUCAGUAAUUCGGAUCAUAAUUCAUCUCUUGAUUCAGGAAGCAAUUUGAUGCAAAAAUUCUGGGAUUCUGCCCUGCAGUUAUCUCAAGGAGAUGAUGAUGAAGAUGUGAACAGUUGCAAUUCCAUGAAGCUAACUUCGGAAGCAGCUGAACCAACGACUCAACUUCAAUACCUACGGGAGUCGACGCGUAUGUUUGCAUUUAAAGUUCAAGACAAGAAGGGACGAAUGUAUAGGUUCAAAUGUGAAACCGGGAGUUUGAGUGAUCUUGUAGCUGCUAUUCUGCAAAGAAUGGGGGACGAAAUUAACUGCAAUAAUAUGCCUCGGAUUUUUUAUGAAGAUGAAGACUGUGACAAGGUUGUUCUUGCAUCGGACAAUGACCUUGCUGCUGCUAUAGAUCAUGCUCGGUUAGUUGGUUGGAAGGGAUUGCGGUUACAUUUAGAUUACUCAGGAAUGCGCGGUUAUGGAAGAAGUUCGUCGGUAGAAUUCGGUUAUUCUGAAGGAGACUACUACUACUCAAGGGUUGGGUUGGCAACUGGGGCAAUGUUGAUAUUUGGAUUGGGUGUUGCUGUGUAUCUUAGAAGAUAUAGAAAUUGAUAUUCACUAUUCCCCACAAUUUAGUUACGAAAUUAGGGAUUAAUUCAUUGAAAAAUGGUUUGAUAUUGAGAUGUUCACAAUUGGGCAGCUAAACAUAGUUUUGAUGAAGUUCCUUAUAUAUAUGUUUUUCAGAACUUUCCUAGU